UUCUGAGGCUUAGUUAUGUAUGAGUAGAGUCCUCGCAGUAGUAGCAAGAAAUACAUUCAUCCAGUCACCUCAAUUUCCAAAUUUUAAUCUAAAAAUUUAUUUUCGAGUUAUACAAUUAAAUACAUAAAUACUAAUUUUAAAAUGGCACAACCGCGUGCCCUCCGAGAUUUGGGGGACCUCAUGGAUUGCACGAUUUGUCUCGACGAGCCAGCCUCCCCAAUCCACAACUGCGCCAAUGGUCACAUCAUUUGCGGCAUUUGUGUCGACAAAGUCAGAAAAUGCGGCAUGUGUCAGACGGAUUUAAAUGUGUCGCCCUUCGCGGAACGGCUGUCCCGACAGUUCGAGUUUAAAUUGCCGUGCCGAAACCAAAACUCUGGCUGUAAUGAAGUCAUUGCUGCAUCAGAAAUGAAAAAUCAUUUCCAAAACCACUGCUACUUUCGCGACAUACUUUGCACCGAGUGGAAAACUGAACGUUGCAAAGAUGUAAAAGUGCCUCUUAAAGAGUACUCGAAACAUUUACAAGAGCGUCACAAAUGCCUAACACCACCAUCCCAAUGUUUCACGUUGAAAGUACCAACGGCGACAGAUCUAUUUGGUGAAGCCGGAUUGUCAAUUCCAACCGGAAUCUUGGACCAGGAUGGACACACGUUUCUGUUGCUGAGUCAGAUUACUCCGACGUUCGUCUACUUUUGGAUGACCGUUUUGGGCAGCAAGGAAACCGCAGAGAAGUUCAUGUUCGAGUUGAAAGUGUUUGCAACACUUGAAAGUGGGAAAAAGGUCGAGACCUUAUGGACGAUUCCGGUCGUUGCGUUUCACGAUCGACCGAAAUACCUGCAAGAUUCGACUUUCUAUGCGAUCGUCCCGGUUAGAACGGUGAAAGAGUUUGGAACCCUAAUCGAAAAAGGGAAAAUACGUCAAAUCCGAUUUAACACGUCGUACCGAAUUUUUUAGAACAUUUACAGACUUUUCUUGAUAUCUAAUUAUUGUAAAGUAUUGUAAGUUGGGAUAGGGAACUGGAUAUCCAUGAAACCUGAUCAGGCAAAUAAUUUGUAUGUUUGAGGGCUUAUACGUACGUACAUACAAUUACAUGCAAAGUUUUCUACUUAUCCAUUCUGCUUGGAUUUCGAGUGAGGUGGGGAGACGAGGAGGUUUCCUAUAAUUAGUGCUUAUCAUCAGAACUAUUACUUUACGAUUUGAUUGAUUAAAAAUCUUUCAACGGGCUCAAAUUAUCUAUUUGCAUGUAAAUAUGUGUAAUGAUAUGUCUUCAUAAUUCAGUGAUAUUUAACAGUAAAUAUUCACAUUAUUCAUUCAGAA